AUGCUGCUGGUGGUGGACUUCACGGCAACAUGGUGCGGGCCAUGCCGCAUUAUAGGGCCUGUCUUCGAACAGCUGUCAUCCCAAUACACCAACGCGAUAUUCGCCAAAGUAGACGUUGAUGAGAACGGGGACAUAUCGCAGGACAGUGGAGUGAAGGGCAUUCCCGCCUUCCACUUCUUUAAAGGUGGCGAAAAGGUGGACGAGCUGGUGGGGGCUGAUUCCAACCGCCUGGAGGUGCUUAUAAAGAAGCAUUAUACUGCAGGGUCGUUCCAAGGCCAAGGAUACACCCUUUCGGGGCCUUCCUCUUCGCAACAGACUCCUGUUGUUCCAGCUUUGGUUGCUCCGAAGCUGCCACACGUGGAUGACACUUUACCAACCACUUCCAUUCAGUUUCGAAUGCCUGAUGGCUCGCGUUGUGUGGGACGCUUCAACACAACUGCCACAGUUGCAGACCUGAGAUCAUUCGUUGCAGCCUCCGCCUCACUCCCAGCUUCGUUCCAACUGCUUUCUUCAUUCCCACCUCGUCCCCUGGAUCCAGCUGCUGAUGCCACGACACUCGAGGCGGCUGGCCUGCUUAAUGCUGCCCUGUCUGUUCAAUUUUGA